AUGGCAAGCGAGACUUCGUCAGUGGUCAAAGUACCGCGUAUCGCGAUUGCGUUUUGUACGCAAUGUAAAUGGAACUUGAGGGCUGCCUAUUACGCCCAAGAAUUGCUUCAGACUUUCGGCACUAGCAUCGGCGAGAUUGCUUUGAUUCCAUCAACCGGAGGAUUAUUUACAGUCACAGUCACAACAGCCCAUGUCGUCAAUAGGUCUCCGAACGGAAUUGCUGCUUUAGGAGGAUCAGCGGAGCAAGCAUUGCAGGCCAUCGAUACUGUGGUAUGGGACCGCAAGACAGAGGGUGGCUUUCCAGAGACCAAAGAACUGAAGAGCCGAGUUCGCAAUAUUAUCGAGCCUGGCAGAGACCUUGGGCAUAUUGACCGGAGCCUGAAAAAGGGGACCUCCCAGCAAGCCCAAGCAGAGACCAGCAAAGCUGAGCCUAAGCUAGACGCCAAUGUCAACCCGGACCAGCAAGGGACGAAAGAAGAAUGCGAGGACUGCAAGUAA